GCGCACAUUGUACUACAGUGUAGUGGCUGCUGCUGCUGCUGCUGCUGCUGCUGCUGCUGCCAACAGUGGACGCGUCUCACGCUCAAGUCUGCCGCUCUCCACCUUCCUCUGGUUAAUGGAUUAUACAGUUUCCCUCCAAGUGCAACACCAGCUGGCCGUGUUCCCGACACACUUCUGUCAGGGCUACAGUGUGGAGUUACAGAUGAAGUCAACAGAGGUGGACCAAGGGCUUUUCACAGACAGCUACUGCAAAGUGUGCAGCGCGCAGCUCAUCUCCGAGUCCCAGAGGGUCGCCCAUUAUGAGAGUCGGAAACACGCCAACAAAGUGCGGCUGUAUUACAUGCUACAUCCUGUGGAUGGAGGCUGCCCUGCCAAGAAGCUCAGAACAGACAAUGGCAGUGACGAGGGCGACGUGGACAAGAAUAAGUGCUGUACGCUGUGUAACAUGUCCUUCACCUCAGCAGUGGUGGCACAGUCACACUACCAGGGUAAAAUCCACGCCAAGAGGCUAAAGCUGCUACUGGGGGAGCAGCCCACCAUCACAACAAAAGAGGCGUCCCCCAGUCCUGUAAAGAGCUCCCCUGAAACGUCCCCCAUGACGUCCCCACGACAGCGCCGCGACUCAGACCGCUACUGCCAGCUAUGCAACGCCUGGUUCAACAACCCCGGCAUGGCUCAGCAACAUUAUGAUGGCAAAAAGCACAAGAAGAAUGCUGCCAGAGCAGACCUGCUGGAGCAGCUGGGCAAGACCCUGGACAUGGGAGAAAUGAAAGGUCUGAAGCGGAGCUACACCUGUGAAGUGUGCAGCGUCACACUGAACUCGGUGGCACAGUACCACGCACACCUGCAGGGCUCAAAGCACCAAAACAAUCUGAAGAAUCAGAUAUGUGUCCAGUGAGCGUGGGACAAAGAUGAAAAACCAACUACUGGAUUGAUGUCAGACAAGCUGUCGUCAGCUUGCCCUGCUUAUUCUGCCUCUGCCCCGCUUCUGCUCUCUCCACAUCAUCUCUCUCUCUCUCUUUCACUCUGUCUGUUUUGGCCGCCCCGACAACGAGGAAAAUAAAGAUUUUGUUUUUGUCACACUCCAGCACUGUAUCAACUCUCACCUGACAGUGUACAGUACCGUUUUGACAGUUUCUCCUCAUCGCUGGCCACUUUGAAACCAUUGACCCUUGACAUUCCACUGCAGCUGCACGCUGUGUUUUGGAUCCACUGACAUGACAGUGGCUCUGACACACGGCAGCCUUUCUAAACAUGCAUGGACUAAAUUAUACUCUUUCCACGGGGAUGCUAAGAGCUGUACGUGGAAUUUUGACUUGAGAAUAUGAGGGUUGUUUUCAACUGUUUUUGUUGAACAGUUGAAGUUGAACAUAUUUAUUUGAAAUUAAAAGAAAAAGACACACAGAUGUACAUUACAGUACUGUAUAUUAUUUAGCAUUGUGGGCUUUGGCUAUGAGAACACGAUUCUCGUUGCCCUCAGAUUCUGUAUGGCACACACAGUGCAACUUAACUUUAAUGCUUUUAUUGCAUACAUGCUUGCAGUGGAGCUAAAUCCCCUUACUGCUGAAAGGGGUUGAUGGCAAUAAUGACACUGGUUGGCCUCUUUCUGUACAGUCUGUUGAAAUGGUUUUAUCUUCUAUUGGCAGUGCUGAACAUUAAAUGACUUCUGUGGCUCUUGUAGUGCUUUAAGGAGACCAGCGGAACUGAUUAGCGACAUCAGCGUCUACACAGGACCAGCAAAUAGUUUUUUUAAACUUCAAAGGAAUAAUUCUGGCCUAUUACAAUUAGGCUUUUAUUUUGAAUGUUGGCUAUCAUUCCUAUUGUUAAAAACUCACCAAAUAAAUGUGUGAGCUCUGGGAACACAGUAAGAUCACUAAAGGAAGUCCAAUGGGGCGAAAAAGACAAGCAGUCCGAUGAUCCAACAGGUUGUGAGCAAAACACCUAAGUAAUCCAAGCCAAUGUGGAAGAGGAAAGUAAAUCAAGCUAAGUCAAGUCAGAUUUAUUUAUAUAGAUAUAAAAACAACAGGAGUUGACCCAAAGUGUUUACAAUCAUGGCUAAGUGAGGCGAACUAUGAAAUAUUACUCCAUCCAUGCACUCAUUCAUGUUUUGGAUGUGUCCAGGAGCAACAAGCCAAAUGGCCCAGAUAUCCUUCUCAACAUCCCCUAGUCCCCCAGGUCGACCUGUGGAAUUCUAAGCCCUUCCCGAGAUUCAAACUGAAGGGGUUUCCAGUCCAAGGCCCUUCUGAAUGUCUGGGAGAUGUUCAUCUCCCAGACAGAUGUUUAUUUCUGAAUAAAGCUGGAAUUAUUUUCAGGGGACAUACACGACUUUGCAAAACUAAGCAAAGAAAGGUGUCAUGAUAAUUCACCACCCAUGCUUGCAGAGGUGCACACCUGUGCAUCAGCCAAAAAGAAAACAAGUUUGAAAGUUGCACAAAUCAAAAGUACAAAUAGAAACAAACCAGCCUCAUGAUCAUCUCUGAUAUGGUCCCUGCUGUUAACGUUCAUUUAUUUACAGCCUGCAAAAGCUGAUUGAAACCAGCAAGUCCAGAUUCCCUGUUUAGGACAAAUCUUGGACAGUUUUUGACCAUAGUGGUUCUGGUCAGGUGUUUAAAAAAGAGCUCAGCUUCCACCGUACCACGACUUUCUAAUACAGCGUCUGCAUUCCUGCCUCGAUCGCAAGUUACACCCAGCCUAAAGGGAGCAGUUCUUUGUUUAACACCGUGACCAACCCUCAUCACCCAGCGUGCACUGGAGGUCGCAGCCUAAUGUCGCAAAACAGAACUGAACAAUCUGCACACAGUAUAGAUGCAGUCCUGAAGGCCUCACUCAUUAGUUUGUCAGAUGGUCAAACAAUGAAACCCUCUCCCUCCACAACUCUUCUACAUCUGCAUUGGUGGAUCCGCUCCUGACAUUUAACUUUCCUAGCUUUACGAAACAAACAAUCCAACAAUCAUGCUCACUUUAAGCAGCAAUUGGCCAUGUGUGUGGAGCUGAGUCAAGAUGGACAGACAUUGUGGGACUUUAAUUCCACCCAUGUGCCAUUCGGUGACGAAACGUCCCAAAAAAGAGGCAUCUGCAAUUUGACUGGAAGAUUUGUGUUAAGCUGAAUGCAAACAUUUUAGGAUACUAUAUUCCUAUUCCUGUACAUUCCUAUUACUGUACUGUAAAAAAAACCUUUAUCUCCUUCCGAUUCUUUCUUGCUGUGCAAAUACUUCUAGCCACAAACCACACACUUUUUACUGCUGCGUUUUUCCAUGUUGCCCGGACACAGUGAGGUUAAAAAUGGAUGAGACUAUUUGACUAGCCGUCAGGAGCAUCUGAUAGCUACUUUCUCUCCCCUUGUACACUGCACGACAAGCGACACAUGGCGAAGCUGAAAAUCAGUCCAUCUCAAAAAUGAGUCGCACCACUUAUAUCAAAAUUGGACUCAAAUUGCACAGUGUAUGCCCACUUUAAGUUUGGCUUGGACUUGCUUACCAUUUCAAUAGUUUUAGCUAUUGGCUCAUUAAAAACAAGUCUGACGGAUCAAGUUUCUUGUCCCUGUUUAGUCAUUGCUCCAUGCUCCCAGAUCUCAGCAGUUUGGUGAAGACAUUGUGACGAUAACCAACAUAAAUGAUUCCGAACGCUACAAAUAUGAAACUCCAGCUGAAUUAAACCAAGAUGUGAUAUGGUUUGAUUAGUUCCACAAAUUAGAAAAGAAAAUAGAAAAUAAUUUUUCUAAAAGCUUCAUAUACAGUCCACUGUAUGGGAUCAGUGUUAAAGGCUUGGAAAUAUUCCCUCUGGUUAAGAUGCUUUCAUUUCAGUAUGGUCUUCAUCUCAGGGAGGUAUAACUGGUUGCUUCAGUGAAAUUUAACAGUGCUGUUGAGAAUCUAACAGUCACACGUACUGAAUCCAUUCCACUAUGGAGCCUUGUAGAAUGUGUUGGUAGAUAAUGGAGUGAACCAUAAGUGUGAUGGUUUCACAAAAAGAGUCUUGGUAUUGUAGAGUGUAUUAAAGGGUAAUUCAGCUUUAUAUACCCUAUCAGUGAAAAGUGUUACAACACCUCUAUUUGCAAAUAAUUCCUACAGGUUCCCCAACUUUAAUGGUGACUUACUUAGUGAAACAUGUCCUCUGAUACAUGAAAAGGAUAACACAUCCUAUAGCAACAUAAUGAAGCAGCACACAGUUUCACAUGAUGGAAGAGCAGCUCAGUCUCCAGACCUAAGGUCUUUGCACACUGAGUCAAUAUGUUUCUUAUGCAACGAUAGAAAUUGAGUCUGAUGCGUUCUGUUAUUCUAUUGGUUUCAAGAAUUCGCAGUAGGAGAUAAAAUGGAGUGGGUCAGUGAGGACGAUUUUGUUGUGCUCUCACUUAUUGAAAGAAGAAGAAAAACAUCCAAUCCUGAGAAGCCUUCAGGAAGAAGGAGAGUUUCAUCUUCUGAUCAAGGAGCUGAGAAAUCAUCCAGAUUGCUUCCAAGUCUAUUUCGGGAUGUCAGUGGUCCGGUUUGGUAUUUUACCAGGACUGACAUCACACAUUAAAAAGAAAAAAAGAAAUUCCUGGGAUCCAAUUGAUCCUGAACAGCUCAAACUCUCUAGAACAACUUUGACAGACGCAAAAAAAAAGGCAACAAAUCAAUCAUGUUCCAAAAUCUUGAUGAUGGAUGAAAAUGCAAACUUGAUGUGCAAAGAUCUUUAAACCCCAAGGAGCGAGAGAAAUCCUCCUUCGGAGCCGGAGAGCCCCUGUCCUCCACCGUUUUACCUACACAUGUGCCUGUUCCAGACCCACUGAGAGAAGGAAACUGAGCCUUCCUUUUAACAUCAUCGAAGCUGAAAAUUUAAUUCUGCACUCUAUAAUACACAAAUAAAUCAGAAUCAGAAAUAUCAGAAAUACUUUAUUGAUCCCAGGGGGGAAUUGUGUGCCAUAAUAGUAUAGUAAUAAUAUAAAACAGCUGUAAGCAGCACUCUGUAUCUCCACUCAGAUUUCCAUGGCUGUGUGUGCCCAAUGAAGUUCAAACAAGAGCUCUUUAAGUUUAUGAUUCCUUUAAAAAAACACACAAUCAGUAUAAAGUAAAAAAACUAACAUAUUUAUAUAUAUAUCGGUGUGUGGGUGUAGGCAUACAGCUGUUCAUGAUUAAAGUUUAUUAUGAAGGCAUGCAGCUGUUUCAACUUAAACAAGGGCUCUCCGGCUCUGCAGGUUGAUGAUAUUGCAAGGAGCUUCAAGUGCGAAACAUUUGUUGGAACAUCUGUUACAGUUUGGGGUCAAACUUUCCAACCAAUGUUUGAUUUAUUGUCGAAAGAAAAUCAUGACUGUUUAGCUGCUGGAUUUAAGAUUACAUAAUUCCAUUUUCCAAACAUUUCCAAUUGUUUACUUGCUCUGUAACAUUCAUAAACACAAUUAUGAAAAUCUAAAUAACAGCUGGAGAAUUGAGGUGUUCUAACCCGUUUGACUGGUAUUGUAUAUAGAUAUAUACAGUAUAUAUCUUAUUCAAAGCUUAUGUAGCAUUCUUCUUUCUUACAUGUCACGUUAAGAAAUUAAAGAUGUCGACUUUAAAGCCAGUGUUGUAUAACCGAGAACAUGAGGACAAUUAUAAAUUCUGCAUAUCUUACUGUUGUUGAUCAGAUACAUUUGUAAUUGCUAUCUGUUUACAAUAUAGCUGAUUUACUGUCAUUGUCAGUGCUGUGUGAGAUGCAGAACUGUAUUAACUCAAAAUGUAGCUUUGACUCACAUUGUCGAAGCGUUUUAUUUUGCAGAGACGUCUAAAAGUUUAUCGACAGGGGAAAUCACUGGAACAUAAAGCUGGAGGGAAAAUAAAUAAAUCCUCAUCGUGGACAGAAAACAGACUGCUGCUGGCUCAUGUCAGAGCUGCCAGCUGAUGUGAGAGACGCCACCACUGACGACAUUAACGAGAAUUUAUAGAAAUGUGUUUUUUAAAUAUUGCAAAAUAAGACAUGCACGUAUGAUUUGUUAUUGCAAGUCAAAAAAAAAAACUCAAAAAAAAACUUCACUGAAUUGCUUUGCUCAGCCUGAGUGAAAACAUUGCUAUCCAGACACUUUGCUUUGGAUGAGUCAUGUCUCCUUCAUCACAGGACGUCCACCUGUCAUUCAUACGCCCUCUAGUCCCUUUGUGCUCUGGGUUAUGUGCUCUAUUGUGUCUAAGAAAAGAAUUAAAGACACUUGCAACCA